GGGCAAGGAAGGAGAGAGUGAGACGGGGGAGGGAGGAAAGAUCAGACCUCCCCUUUAACCUGUGUCAGCAGUAGCAGCAUUCUUGAUCCAUGACAGUGAAACAGCAAGUGCUUGGUGUCCAUAAGUCUGUGGAUUCAUCUGGAGGAUUCACCAUCCACAGUAAACUACCAGAUGCAAAGUGAUUAUUAUGAGGAAGCCUUUAGAGACUCUGGACCCUGCGAGGAAUCGGGGAGUACAUUGUUCCUGUCAGGUUUAAGUAGAGUUGGCCUGUAACCAUGCCCGGGGCUCCAUAGAUUUCAGACCACCAGACCCCCAAGCUGCCCAUCAAACAUGGAUCCCAUAUUCCCCAGCAUCAAAUUGGGGUCAGAUUGCACACGUUUGGAGCAGAACAGCAAGCGUCACCGACUGCAGCAUGUCAGGAGGAAACUACGUCCUUCACGGAUUUUUGGUUUUAUCCUGAGCAUCUCUGCCCUCACAUUGUUCAUGUCUUGGAGUGCCUUUACCUUCACUUUGGGCCCAUUCCCAAGAUGGGCGCCACUCACUUCUCUCACCAACCACGAGGGACUUGCAGAACCAGUGCCACACAGAACUGUCCUAUCUUCUCACGAAGAGCACAAUGUUUCAGCAGAUAUGCCCAUCGCUAUGGCCUCGUCAGGAGAGCACAACCAGGGAGAUUAUCCCGAGGAUCUGUUCACACUGGAGGAGAGGAGGCAAGGUGCAGUUGUGCUGCAUAUGUUCGGCAUGAUGUACAUGUUCAUUGCCCUCGCUAUCGUCUGUGAUGAGUUUUUCGUCCCCGCCCUCACCGUGAUCACAGAAAAACUGCAGAUCUCGGAUGAUGUAGCGGGUGCCACCUUCAUGGCCGCUGGAGGCUCUGCCCCCGAGCUCUUCACCUCUGUGAUAGGUGUGUUCAUCUCACACAGCAAUGUGGGCAUCGGGACCAUCGUGGGUUCUGCUGUCUUCAACAUCUUGUUCGUGAUCGGGAUGUGUGCUCUCUUUUCACGUGAGAUUCUCCACCUCACCUGGUGGCCUCUGUUCAGAGACGUCACCUUUUAUAUCAUUGGACUAAUUAUGCUUAUCGUUUUCUUCCUGGAUAACUACAUAACUUAUGUUGAGAGCAUUGGACUGUUACUCUGUUACGCUAGCUAUGUCACGUUCAUGAAGUACAAUGCGACUGUAGAGACUAUAAUCAAGACUAAAUUACUCAGGAAUCAAGUGGACGACAUUGAAGCUCCUCCUAAGGUUAUCAGUGCAGCAGAUGAUGAAAAUAAACUUUCGGCUAAACCCCGCCUCCAGAGAGGAGGAAGCUCCGCCUCCCUCCACAACACCCUCAUGAGAAACAGCAUCUUCCAGCUAAUGAUCCACACACUCGAUCCUCUCAGUGACGGGAAGUUCAAGGAAAAGGCAUCGAUUCUGCACAAGAUCGCAAGAAAAAAGGAACAAGAUGAGGCCAAUGGUGUUGUUGACAAGAAUUUUCCCAACAGUACUAAUGUGGAGGUAGAAGUCACUCCACCCAUGAAUGGCAGUGCUGGAGCUGAGGCUGAGGAGGACGACGAUGAAGACCAGCCUCUGAGCUUGGCUUGGCCGGACACAGCAAGGAAGCGAGCAACAUACGUCCUCAUCUUUCCCAUCGUAUUUCCAUUGUGGCUGUCACUGCCGGAUGUCCGCAGAGAUACAUCAAAAAAGUUCUUUCCGGUUACAUUUUUGGGAUCUAUUAGUUGGAUUGCUGUUUUCUCUUACCUGAUGGUGUGGUGGGCUCAUCAGGUUGGUGAGACUAUUGGAAUCACAGAGGAGAUUAUGGGUUUGACUAUUCUAGCGGCUGGUACCUCCAUUCCUGAUCUCAUCACCAGUGUCAUUGUUGCCCGGAAGGGUCUCGGCGACAUGGCUGUCUCCAGCUCAGUCGGCUCCAACAUAUUUGACAUCACUGUAGGCUUGCCAUUUCCAUGGCUACUCUUUUCGCUCAUGAACGACCUGACUUCAGUGGCCGUGAGCAGCAACGGCCUGUUCUGUGCCAUCGUUCUGCUCUUCCUCAUGCUCCUCUUCGUCAUCAUCUCCAUCGCUGUGUGCAAGUGGAAGAUGAGCAAGCUGCUUGGUUUCCUCAUGUUCCUGCUCUACUUUGUGUUCCUGGUUGUCAGCGUAAUGUUGGAGGACAAGAUCAUUAUCUGCCCAGUCUCCAUUUGAUUUCUUUAUCAUGCACGCCGUUGUUCUUUUUCUGGGAACGGGCUCUUCUUUAUAGCUCCGAAGGCACUCCAGGGCAUCCGAAUGAUAACAUGGGAGCUCGGCCGCAGCUGCGCUGUGGCAUUGCUUCUUUAUAUCCACUGAAGUCUGAGUAGCAGGGCUUUCCAGCAGUAGUUUGUUAUGGGAAAGUAGUGCAUUAUUCUGUAUGCACUCUCCAAAGCAGUACAUGGAGACUUGAUGUACUGUAGAUUUUAGACAUUUUUAAUAUGCUGCAUGAAGAGGCUGGACAUAAAGAGCUAGGAGACACCACGUCCAAUGAAGAUGUGGACAUCUAUGGGGAAUGUCUACAGACUCAGGAAAGGACCUUUGCUGCAAAUAUGCAAUAAUAUAUAAAUCAAGAUCUUGGUACUGUGCUUUAAAGCUCAUGAUAUCAUAAGCCUUGUGUUGCACAACAACUUGAAGAAACAAAGCUCCAUAUUUGUUUUGUCUAGACACUGGUCCUUUCUGGUUGUUACUUGAGCAUUUUCAUUCUGAGUAUAUCAUAUCAUUUAUUGAAUAGACUUGUAGACAUAGUCUUCAGAAGUCUACACUCAAAAAAAAAAAUAAUAAUAAUAAUAAUUAAGGACUAAAUGUAGGAUUUAUGUAUUUGAAUAGCAUAUCAAAUUUUCAUCCAUUUGGAUUACACAGUUUUAUCAUUAAAAAAAAGUUACUUGAAAUAAAUGUUCACUGAAAUUUCAGCUAGUUGCCAAAGCAAAAUGUUUUACUUAAUUUACUAAUUAAAACUAUUAAACUAAAAAACAAUAAUGAAAAAAAUGUACAACAUAAAAACUGAAAAUGGUUC